GCGGCUUCGCGCUAAUGAAAUAACAUACCUGUUUCACGCUGUUUAUUUUGGCUAGUUUUUUGUGUACGUGCGCGUUGUUUUUUUUUGUGCGGAUUACGACCGUUAAGCUUGUACGAUUUAAUCGCAGUCAGCGCACCAAACCUCCCGAAAAAUGCGCGGAAAGGUACUGGUAGUCAGUUCUUGGCCAUCCUCGAGCAUAAGCACAUCGCGAGUCAUGUGACGUUGGCUUGCCAGCGUAUGUAUUGCUCCACGGCAUGGGGGCAUGGAUAUCCUUAUUAUCCCUCCUUCUUCUGGUGGGUGCUGUGUGUGGUGGUGCUAAGGAGAGAAACAGAAGUCAUGGUGGCGGAAACGUCAGCAGCCGAUCGUUUCACACGUCCAAACUGCCAGGAUUUGGAAUCGGAAAGGACCGCGAAUCCGAAUUUGUGAAGGGAAAAAUAUGCAUCGGAACGAACGGCCGCUGGUCGGUGCCUUCCAAUCGUGACCACCACUACAGAAAUCUGAAGAAUCGAUUUACGAACUGCACGUACGUUGACGGCAACUUGGAACUGACCUGGCUGCAAGAUAGCAAUUUCGACUUGAGCUUCCUGCAAUACAUACGCGAAGUGACCGGCUACGUUUUGAUCUCGCACGUCGACGUUCGACGCGUCGUACUUCCAAGUCUGCAAAUAAUUCGUGGUCGGACGCUCUUCAAGAUGUCCGACUAUGACGAGGAGUUCGCGCUGAUAGUCACGACAUCGAAAAUGUUUACGGUUGAAUUGCCGGCGCUUCGCGAUAUCUUGAGCGGGAGCGUGGUGCUGUUCAACAAUUACAAUCUGUGCCAUGUGAAGACGAUCAAUUGGAAGGAAAUCAUCUCGGAUCCGAUCGGCAAGUACGUCUACCACUACAACUUCUCGUCACCCGAGCGACAGUGCGCGCCUUGUCAUAAGAAUUGUUCGGCCGGUUGUUGGGGCGAAGGUGUCGAAAAUUGCCAGCGAUUCUCCAAGGAGAAUUGUAGUCCCCAGUGUUACCAGGGACGCUGUUUUGGGAGUAAUCCGCGGGAGUGUUGCCAUUUGUUCUGUGCGGGUGGCUGUGUGGGACCGAAGCAGAGCGACUGUAUAGCGUGUAAAAAUUUUUACGACGAUGGUGUGUGCACCCAAGAGUGUCCACCCAUGCAGAUCUACAACCCUACGACUUACUCGUGGGAACCGAAUCCUCAUGGGAAGUACGCGUAUGGCGCGACGUGUGUAAAAAAGUGCCCAGAACAUUUGUUAAAGGAUAAUGGCGCGUGUGUACGAACAUGUCCUAAUAAUAAAAAGGCGGAACGAGGGGAGUGCGUUUCUUGUACGGGGCCGUGUCCGAAGACUUGCACCGGUGACGUGCAAGUUAACGCGGGAAACAUCGAUACCUUUAAGGGAUGUACAGUGAUAGAGGGUUAUUUGCAUAUUUUAGAGAACUCGUUCACCGGUUAUCAACACUUCUUCCCCAAUCUAACGUUCGGAGAACGAUACCCUGCAAUGCACCCUGAUCGGUUGCAAGUGUUCACUACUCUCAAGGAAAUUACGGGUUUUUUAAAUAUUCAAGCGUAUCAUCAGGACUUUAAAAAUUUAUCGUGUUUUCGCAAUUUAGAAGUGAUAGGGGGGCGUACCUUAUAUGACUAUUUUUCCUCGUUGUACAUUGUUAAGACCUCAUUAGAAUCUCUCGAUUUGCGUUCGUUGCGCCGAAUCAAUUCCGGUACGGUCGCCAUAUUGGAAAAUAAGCAUUUGUGUUUCGCCGAAAAAAUUAACUGGAAAAAGAUUAAGAAGAGCAUGGAGCAUUCGGCAAUGUUACAGAAUAAUCGCAGUCCAGAUAAUUGCAGCGCGGCUGGGUUGGUUUGUCACGAGCAGUGCACCAAGGAUGGAUGCUGGGGAAAGGGGCCCGACCAAUGUUUAGCUUGCGCCAAUUACCGAUUGGGAAAUAUGUGUCUCCAAAAUUGCAGCGUAAUUCCAGGGAUAUAUCGCGCAAAUGACGAAGUUUGUGAGUUAUGCGACGAACAGUGCGGUUUUUCAUGUUACGGCCCCGGCCCUGACAACUGUACCACAUGUAAACACUUACGCGACGGCCCUUUCUGCGUUUCAAAAUGUCCGGCCUCAAAGUAUGAGGAUCGCGGCGAAUGUAAGCCCUGCCAUGUCAACUGCAUCGACGGCUGCACCGGUCCGCGCAACACGCUAGGGGUAGGCGGCUGCAAUUCGUGCGAAAAAGCGAUAAUGAACGAGAACGCGACGGUGAAUUUGUGCCUGCACAAGAACGAAUCGUGUCCGGACGGUUACUUUUACGAAUGGAUCGGUAGGCCUCAGGAGCAAGAGAAGCUGAAACCUUUGGCGGGAAAAGCGAUAUGUCGAAAGUGUCAUCCGAGGUGUAAGAAGUGCACCGGAUACGGAUUCCACGAACUCGUCUGCCAGCUUUGUACCAGUUACAAGAAAGGUGAGCAAUGCGAGGACGAGUGUCCCGAACAGUACUAUCCGGACGACAACAGUCAGGAGUGCCUCAAAUGCGACGAACAGUGCAGGGGUUGUACCGGACCGGGUCCACGAAACUGCCUGCAAUGCGAGCACCUGAAGUUAUAUGACGACGACCCUCCUUCGCCGAAUUCGACAUUUCAGUGUAUUGCAGUAUGCCCACCAGAAUAUCCCAACAAAAUCUUCUCAUCGGAAACGAACGAGUAUCCUUACUGUUCAUCUGAGUACAUGGCCCAUAUGAAGAGUCCCCUGCAAUCUCAAAGCGCGUCAGUGAUCUACGGAAGUACAAUUGGUGGUACGCUAUUCAUUGUGGUUACCGUAGUCGUCAUCGUGAUAUUCUACUUCUAUUGUAAGAAACUGAGGCAAAAAGAGGAUACGUUAAACAUGACCAUAGCGUUACAAGGACUCGAAGAUAACGAGCCUCUGCGGCCGACUAACGUUCAACCCAAUCUGGCUAAACUGCGUAUCAUCAAAGAAGCAGAAAUGCGUCGGGGUGGUAUAUUGGGUUUCGGCGCGUUUGGAACUGUCUACAAGGGCAUUUGGGUGCCCGAAGGUGAAAACCUCAAAAUUCCGGUUGCGAUUAAGGUGCUGCGUGAGGACACCGGCGUCAACACGAGCAAAGAAUUUUUAGACGAGGCGUACAUCAUGGCAAGCGUCGAUCAUCCGAAUCUGCUACAGUUGCUAGCCGUUUGCAUGACGUCACAAAUGAUGUUGGUGACGCAACUAAUGCCGUUGGGCUGUCUGCUGGAUUUUGUAAGAAACAAUCGUGAGAAAAUCGGGUCCAAGCUACUUUUGAAUUGGUGCACUCAAAUCGCGAGAGGUAUGGCCUACUUGGAAGAGAAGAGGCUGGUACAUCGCGACUUGGCCGCUCGAAACGUUUUAGUACAAACUCCCGCCUGCGUCAAAAUUACCGACUUCGGACUGGCGAAGCUGCUCGACAUCAACGAGGAAGAAUACAAGGCCGCCGGAGGAAAAAUGCCCAUCAAGUGGCUGGCACUCGAAUGUAUUCAGCAUCGCAUUUUCACGCAUAAAUCGGACGUGUGGGCCUUUGGCGUAACCAUAUGGGAGUUGCUUACUUUUGGCGGUCGACCGUAUGACAGCGUGCCCGCCAGAGAUGUGCCCGAAAAGUUGGAGAAGGGCGAACGGCUUCCGCAACCAAAAAUUUGUACCAUAGAUGUAUAUAUGAUUAUGAUUAAGUGUUGGAUGUUGGAUGCCGAGAGUAGGCCUAGUUUCAAGGAGCUGGCGGAGGAUUUUUCGAAAAUGACACGAGACCCUGGAAGGUAUCUGGUUAUUGUUGGCGAUAAACAUAUGCGACUUCAAAAUUUUCCAUUACAGGAGGAAAAAGAUGUGGUGCGCAACCUGGCUUCAUCUAUGGAAAAUUCUGGAAGCCAAUCAGGAGAAGAAUAUCUACAACCGAAAUCUCGAGCGCCUUUGUCCGUUGGCGGUUUAACAUCUAUGUCUGGAUCAAUACCUUCCACGCUAGCAUCGUUUUGGCCCAACGCCCCACCUCAUACCAUAUCAGAUGGUAGCUGUUCUCCUCAAAAUCAGCACAACUGGAAUCAAGAGCGCCUGCGCUACGCGAAGGCGCACGGUUUAGAUCCGAACUCGCUAAACAUGGGGAACAACUCCGAUUGCUCAAGUUUACAAUAUCGAGACGACUCGCUAAGCGUAUUCAAUAAAGAAGAUAUCGGCUCUGACGAAUACGACGCCGGACGAUCUCAAGCGCAGGUCGGCAGCUUAAAACUCGAAUUGCCAGUCGACGAGGACGACUACUUGAUGCCGUCCCCGCAACAGACGCACACGUCUUCCACUUAUGUAGACUUAAUAGGCGAUAGUAGUAAAAAUUCCGACGAUACUUCCACUAACAUGUAUCAGUCCUACGCAGACUUCUGUAAAACGAACAUCGAUAACCCGGAGUAUUUAAUGGGACCGGAGGCGGCGUGUCAGACUUUGGGCAUUCCCACCGUCUCCGAAUUUGUACACUCCAACACUGUUGCAAACGAUAAUAAUGUAAAUAGUAAAUCUAGUAAUUAUGUACCUCAGAAAUCGUUGGAAGAUGAAUCCGAUCACGAGUACUACAAUGACUUUGAUCGUUUACAACGAGAAUUGCAGCCGUUGCAGCAGAAGGGGGAAACGACUGUAUAGAAGUGAAGUGGUUUUUUUUGGUGAGGCUGUGCCAACGCAACAAUGUGAAGAAAAAUACUUAAUUAGCAAUAAACGAGAGGCGACUUGAACUUUUUUGUGCCAUUACGCUUAAUGUUAAUGGCGCUUUUAUUGUAAGGUAUAACAUAUCUAAACACUAUGUAAAAAUGGGGUAAGUUAUGGCUCGAAAACAAUCUUGCCCGUAUUGUCUGUGAUAUUUAAUGACUACACUCUAGUUAUUUAGUUAACAAAUUGCCUGUCUUGUAUGUUAUUUUAUAUAGUUACAGUACUUAUUGUAUCUGAGAAGUUUUUACAAAGCAAUAAAAAAAUAUUGUGCUUAGAUCUAAUUUGGUAUACGUAAUCGGCCAAACAAAAUGUAUAGUAAUGUAAAAAUAUCAGUGAUCGGGUACCAUCCAUUUUAUAACGGUGUAAAACGAAUUUUUAUAAGAAAAUGUAUAUUGUUUUAUUUCAGUUGUACUUUUAUCUGUGCCAUUAUAUGGACUAGUGCCUUUGUAUUGUAAACUUUAAAAUUCCUUGUUCAAAUAUUGUACAUUUUGAAUGUUUUUUUAAAUAAAUAUUUGAUAUUAA